AUGGUGGCACCAAGAAACGCCGCAUUCGCUGAGGAGAGUGCCGAGGUUGAAGUCCUCCUGGCGUCCUUGGGGAAGACGAAAGACAUCACCAAGCGAAUAGCAGCCAGCCUGGCACGGCUGGAUGUCAGCGGUAAGAUCGUCAAGGAUGCCAUCGGGCCGAUCUACAGCAACACCCAACAGCUUCAGAUCACCAGUCGGAAUAUCGACAAGGUCAAUGAAGCCAUCGAGAAGCUCAAACAGCCGCUCGAUUCGAGAGGUCGGGAGGAAGGCAUCAUCAGAGCAGGACCCAAAGCCUCGGGACUCCCGCAAUAUCUUAGCGCUCUGAAACGCAUCGACAAGGCUCUCACCGAUCUAAGCUCGACCAAUAUGAGGGCCAACCAACAGGCGAUUUCCGAUUUCCACAGCCUCCUGUCCACCGGCGUCAACCAGUUAAACGACAUGUAUCGGCAAAUGCUACAAGAGGACGCCCAGCCCAUCGAGCCUUUGCACCAUAUCACGAAGCAAAUACCAUUCCCGACAUACCCCCAAGAAAAAGUUCAGUCUCUCAGUCAAAUAGCAGUGGCCAUGUCAUCCGCUGGGGCACAUUCGGCCAGACUGGGUCAACGGGAUGAGGACGCGGCAGCCAUGAUCUAUGUCGAAGUGAGGGGUGAGUACCUCCAAAACAGCCUCCAGAACCUGGCAGCCGCCUCGAUCAUGACCUCCAAACGACGCGGAAACGAUUCGGGCAUCUACCGAGAAGGCUCGAGCGGCGUCGGGACAUACGCGAAUGGUAUCGAAGGCAUGUUUAUCGCAGAAGCGGAGAACACGUCUCGAAUAUUCCGUAACGAUGCUGGGCGCAUCUUUACCAUGACUUGCGGCAAGGCUCUGGGGACGUUUACGAGGACUCUGUCGGAGCUGAAUAACGUGAUCAAGCCACGCAUCUUGAGCGACUGUUUCCUCGCUUACGAGAUCCUGGAUCUCUUCACACCCCUGAGCUACCGGCUUGAAUCGAGGACGGGUCAACUACGAUCACAAUUUGCGGACGCCCUCCGCCCGAUACGCGACACUGCUCGCUCAUCAUUCGGCGAGAUCCUGAGCCAAACAAAGAAACAAGCCGAAUCAAUUUCAACACUUCCUCCAGACGGUAGCACUAUCCCGUUGGUCUCGCAAACAGCAUCCCGCCUCCAAAACCUCGCCAUCUUUGAGCGGCCCUUGCUGGCCCUUCUCUCCUCCAUCGGUGACGGAAACUGGAAGUCGGCCCCGGGAAUGAUCUCGCAGUCUACACUGAACCUCGAAUUAACCCCUUCCACUGAAAACCCAACUCUACUGUCUCACUACCUGAUCGACGUCGUGGACGCCCUGCUUUCCACGCUCAACGCACGCUCCCAGGUUCUUCAUCCGAAGAAACCCAUCCAGGGAAUCUUUCAACUCAACAGCGUCGCCGUGCUCACUCGGGCGGUCCAAUCCUCACCAGACCUCGCCCGCUAUCUGGGGAUAUCCCCGCACAACGCGAAACUCGACGCCUACCGCAAAGCCGGUUCUUCGCUGUACUUGACGGCGUGGCGCGACCCCGCCAACCACCUGUUCGACCAGAUCCAGACGUCGGCUGGGUCGCGGCCCUUGUCCGGGCAAGCCAUCGAUUCGACGUUGAUCAUCAAAUCCCUGUCCUCGAAGGACAAGGACAAGAUCAAGGAGAAGUUCAAGCUGUUCAACAGCAGCUUCGACGAGCUGAUCACCCGCCACAAGAGUCUGCACAAGGAGGCCGAGGUGCGGUCGCAGCUGGCGAGGGAGAUCCAGGGCAUGAUCGAGCCGCUCUACACGCGCUUCUGGGACCGGUACCACGAGGUGGACAAGGGGAAGGGCAAGGUCGUCAAGUAUGACAAGGGCACCCUGAGUCAGAUGCUGGCCAGUCUCUAG